AAUUUUGUGAAAAUGUGUGUAGUAGAAUAACUGAAUACUUCAACAGACAUCCUGUUAAGUUCUUCUAGUUAGGUGACAAAAGCGUACAUUUUGCAUUUUGUUUACUGUGACAGCGUAACGUGACAAUCAGUUACAAAAGUACGUCCAAAACUUUGAGACUGUAUUAAAAACAUGAUGCCAUGCUACAUGAGUUCAUGUCUUAAUAUAAUAUAUAAGAUGUUUCUUGUUCGUAUAUGCCUACAGUAUUUUCAGAAAAUCGAGAUAUCAUGAGAAGAUAAUGUUGAAAUUUGUACAUUGAUAGAACAAAUUAUUUAUUUAUUUUUUGGUAGUCGAUCGAACAUAUAUAUUAUAUCGUAACAAGUUGUAUACUUAUAUAUAAACUAUGAUUCUCACACGAAAAAUGCCGUCUUAGUUACUCAGUCGCUGUGUUGUCUGAUAUAUUAUUUAGUAUUGAUGAUAUAGAUCGCAUCAUCGUUGAAGCCAAAAAUCGAAGAAAAUAUUCGGAGUGGCUUAAUAACACACAGGUGCCCUUAAAACUCUCUCCGUCUCGAUCUGCUCUGACUUCCACGACUUUGAUUUGGUGAUUCAAUCAUUCAUCCUCCCAGCUCGUGUGCCGGGUGAGGUUUUGUUUCUAACUUUCUAGCGUCCGUUGAAGAUAUUCGUUUUGUUUUCUUCAGAUUGUUUAAUGUUUUCAUGGGGAUGAAUACCGUUGGAAGUCAAAUAGUGGAGUAGUAUUUAGAUGGAACUAUGUCUUUUAGGAAAGUUGGACUUUUAGUUGGAUUUUAUUGAUCUUUCAGAAAGUUUUGUUACAUCUUCUAUAUCAGAUGCAAAAGUGAGAAACCAUAACUCAUUGUUUUGACCGGUUUACAAAUUAAAAUAUGUUUUUUCGAUGGAUCAGAAAUUGUCAUAUGACAGAUUCUUAUCAUCUUAUUUCUAACGAGUAAAUGCUUUCUUUAAAAAUUAAUGAAACGCCCAACUUCCAUAUACUUUUAUGCACUUAACUAAAUGGUGUUUGACACUGGAAACUUUUAUUUUUAUUAUUCGAAUUACUUGAGAUUUCUACUGAAAUUUUUAUUUCCAAUUUUUUUAAAAAUAAUAAGAUGUUAUAUUUGUAAAAAUCAUAUGAUAUGUUCAAUGAAAUACAUACGGAUUAUUGUAAAAUAGCACGUCAUAUCAUUAUGUCAAACAACAUGUUAUAUUAACAAAAAUUAUGUGAAACCUUUGUCAUAGUGAAAAUAAUAUUAAUAUUGUGCCGAUAAUUUUAUUCAGUUUUUUUUAUUUAUCCCCAUCCAUUGUUAAAUAGUUACACCCUUUCAAUAGAAAACCUACCUAGCAACAUAUAAUGAACACUGAAUUGGCUUUGAUCGAUGUUUCUGAGUAUCAGAUUCAAUUAAAAUUCGGAGGUAAGAAUCAAAUCAUUCGGACGAAAUGGAAGAGACAGAAACUAGGGUUUUCCUAUCAAGCGAACAACAUCAAGAAGAAGAAGAGCCACUGUUACCACGUUCCAUGGUGAUCUCUCUCUAUCUCGGCUAUUUUCUUGCUCGAUGGGGUGCCAGAACUUGGGAAUUCUCUGUUGCUCUCUAUAUGAUUUACCUCUGGCCAAACUCUCUGUUCCUCACUGCCAUGUACGGUGCUGUAGAAUCCGGCUCCACCGCCAUUUUCGGUCCCAUUGUAGGCCAAAUGAUAGAUGGAAUGAGCUACGUUAAAGUCCUUAGACUGUGGCUUGUUACUCAGAACCUCUCCUUCAUUGUUGCUGGUGGUUCAGUCAUUGCUUUGCUGCUAGUUCCUGAUCUCAAGUCUCAAAACUUCCCGGUUUUCUCAGCAUUAGUCGUGUUAACAAACCUUUCUGGUGCCAUUGGUGUACUCUCGACUCUUGCUGGCACCAUUUUGAUCGAACGAGACUGGGUUGUGGUUAUGUCGGAAGGUCAUUCACCGGAUGUUUUAACAAGAAUGAACUCUGUUAUUAGAGGAAUUGACUUGAGCUCUAAGCUGCUGUCUCCGGUUAUCACCGGUUUAAUCAUUAGCUUUGUCUCUCUAGAAGCAUCAGCGGUCACGUUUGCGGCUUGGGCUACUAUAACCGUGUGGAUCGAAUAUUGGCUCUUUAUAUCUGUAUAUAACGGUGUUCCUGCGAUACUACAAAGCGAUGAAAGAAGGAGUUUAAGGUUGUCGUCUCAAACAGAUAUUGCAUCUCAGUAUUAUGUUCCUCUUUUAAACGAUGAGAACACACAAAGUAGAAGCGGAAACAUGAGGAUUCUUGAGAGAAUCUCUGAGUCUCCUUUUGUUGGCGCAUGGAGGAAUUAUCUUAAUCAAGAUAUUGUGCUUCCUGGAGUUGCUUUGGCUCUAUUGUUCUUCACUGUGCUCAGCUUUGGAACAUUGAUGACGGCAACGUUGGAGUGGAAAGGGAUACCUACUUAUAUCAUUGGUAUAGGCAGAGGAAUGAGCGCAGGUGUUGGACUAACUGCUACAGUCGUGUACCCUCUCUUGCUGUCCCGUCUCUCACCACUCAGAACCGGACUCUGGUCCUUCUGGUCUCAGUGGACCUGUCUUUUGGUCUGUGUUGGAUCGAUUUGGGUUCAAAAGGAGAAGGUAGCAUCAUAUAUGCUCAUGGCUGGAGUUGCUGCUUCAAGGCUUGGCUUGUGGAUGUUUGAUCUAGCAGUAAUCCAACAAAUGCAGGAUCUUGUACCGGAAUCGGACCGUUGUGUGGUUGGAGGUGUACAGAACUCGUUACAAGCGGCUCUUGACUUGAUGGCUAAUCUUUUAGGUAUCAUUGUAUCUAAUCCUAAGGAUUUCUGGAUAUUGACGUUGAUCUCAUUCGCUACGGUUUCGUUAGCCGGAGUUCUCUAUACAGUUCAUCUCUACCGUAUCCGAAAACAUCUGUUUCACUUGGAGAAGAUUCCACUAUUGAACAACUUUUUCAUUCGUAAUCAUUCAACUAAUUAGUUACUACAGUCCUACUUUCUUCUCGUAA